ACCUCCAAACACAUUUUCAUUUAAAAUUAUUACAUAAGUAAAGUAAGUGAGUGAGUGAAUCAAUUAAUUAAUCUCUGGUUUGUGCAGGUGAACACAGAAAGACAUGUCUGACCUGAAAUAUCACAUUUUAAGUGUCCUGUGUGCAUCAUCAUGCCGGUCCAGUGCAGUAACUGUGUCCAGAGACGUGCCGUUCUCAAACGGCCCAAGACCGGACACUCUCUCUGUAAGGACUGCUUCUUCUGGGCAUUCGAGGAGGAGAUCCAUCAAACCAUCGUAUCUGCCGGACUCUUUAACCGUGGAGAGACCGUGGCCAUCGGUGCCUCUGGCGGAAAGGACUCUACUGUCCUGGCUCAUGUGAUGAAGGUCCUGAACGAGCACUACGAUUACGGGCUGAAUCUUCUGCUGCUGUCGGUGGAUGAGGGCAUCACGGGUUACAGAGAUGAUUCGCUGGAGACGGUGAAGAGGAACCAGCAGCAGUAUGAGCUGCCGCUAAAGAUUGUGUCUUAUGAAGAGUUGUACGGCUGGACCAUGGAUGCCAUCGUGAAGCAGGUGGGACUGAAGAAUAACUGCACUUUCUGCGGUGUGUUUCGCAGGCAGGCGCUGGACCGAGGAGCCAUGAUGCUGAAAGUGGACAAGAUCUGCACAGGUCACAAUGCAGACGACGUGGCAGAGACGGUGCUGAUGAAUGUCCUGCGUGGAGACAUCGCUCGUCUCUGCCGCUGCACCUCCAUCAGCACGGCCAGCGACGGAGAGGGUGCCAUCCCACGCUGCAAGCCCCUCAAAUACGCAUACGAGAAAGAAAUCGUCCUCUACGCCUAUUUCAAGAAGCUUGAUUACUUCUCCACAGAGUGCAUCUACUCGCCCAACGCCUACCGGGGACACGCUCGUGCCUUCCUCAAAGACCUGGAGUCCAUCCGGCCCAGCUCCAUCAUAGACGUCAUCCACUCCGGCGAGACGCUCUCCGUGAAGGAAGGGGUGAAGAUGCCGGUGCAGGGAACGUGCUCGCGCUGCGGCUACAUCUCUAGUCAGGCCCUGUGUAAGUCCUGUGUUCUGCUGGAGGGCCUGAAUCGAGGUUUACCCAAACUGGGCAUCGGGAAACAUCACCGACUGCACGGCAAAAUUCUGGCUCAGGAGCCUUUGACCGAACAGGAGGAGAAGAAACUGAAGCCUGUGGACUUCUGACACAAAAUCAGGACUAGAUUUUAAAAACUGGACAUUUCAGUUG